CAGCGAGGACAACCGAGAGAGGAGGCCGAGCCGGCGGGAGAGGCCGACCGGGUCAGCUCGUAGUUCUUUAAGAUCCGGGAUGCCCUACAAGCUGAAGAAAGAGAAGGAGCCUCCAAAAUCUACUAAAAGCACUACAAAGGCCAGCAGCAGCAGUGGAAAGGAUGGAGGCAAUGCAACAGAGAAUUCAGAAGAGACCCAGCAGCAGCAGCAACAGCAGCAGCAACAGCAGCAGCCCUCAAAUAAGCGUCCCAGCAACAGUACCCCUCCACCAACCCAGCUGAAUAAGAUCAAGUAUUCAGGGGGACCACAGAUUGUAAAGAAGGAGCGACGGCAAAGUUCCUCUCGUUUCAACUUAAGCAAAAACCGGGAGCUUCAAAAGCUUCCUGCCCUUAAAGAUGCUCCUCCUCAUGAACGGGAAGAGCUCUUCAUACAGAAGCUACGACAGUGCUGUGUCCUCUUUGACUUUGUCUCUGACCCACUCAGUGACUUGAAAUUCAAAGAGGUCAAACGGGCAGGACUCAAUGAAAUGGUGGAAUACAUUACUCAUAAUCGGGAUGUUGUCACAGAAGCCAUUUAUCCUGAAGCAGUUAUCAUGUUUUCAGUGAAUCUCUUCCGGACACUUCCACCAUCAUCUAAUCCUACAGGAGCAGAAUUUGAUCCUGAGGAAGAUGAACCUACACUAGAAGCUGCUUGGCCACAUCUCCAGCUGGUAUAUGAAUUCUUUCUGAGGUUCUUGGAGUCUCCAGACUUUCAGCCGAACAUAGCCAAGAAAUACAUUGACCAGAAGUUUGUGUUGUCACUGCUGGAUUUAUUUGAUAGUGAAGAUCCCAGAGAACGAGACUUUCUGAAGACAAUUUUGCAUAGGAUUUAUGGGAAGUUUUUGGGCCUCCGAGCUUAUAUAAGGAGACAGAUCAACAACAUAUUUUAUAGGUUUAUUUAUGAGACAGAACAUCACAAUGGGAUUGCAGAAUUGCUAGAGAUUUUAGGGAGUAUAAUCAAUGGAUUUGCUUUGCCCUUGAAGGAAGAGCACAAAAUGUUCCUCAUCCGGGUCUUGCUACCAUUACACAAAGUGAAAUCUUUGAGUGUCUACCACCCUCAGUUGGCGUAUUGUGUUGUGCAGUUCUUGGAAAAAGACAGCAGUCUGACUGAACCGGUAAGCAUUUCUUUGUGA